UAUUUUUAAUGAAACUCAUCCUGAAUUAGUUUCUUUGAAUACUAAUAUUUCAGCUUUACAAAAUAUUUAUCAAUCUGCCUAUAUUGAAGAAAAAAAUUCUGAUGAAUUUUUAGAAGAAAAUAUUAUUGAUAAUAAUAUUGCAAUUGGUGAACAAUUUUAUAAUAUUGAUAAUAAUAUUUUUUCUGAAAUUCAAAUUAACAAUUUUUAUAAAAUUUUUAAUCAAAAAUCUGA